GUCCGUCGUGCUCAGAGGCGGGAGGAACGGGCUGACUGACGCGGCGACGGGCCAGUGUGAGCAGCGAGUGGGACGUGCGUGGCGUGCGUGGCGCGAUGGCCUGGAAAGCACUGGACCUGUGAGGUGUGCGAGCGGGUGUGAGAGACUUCCGCGGACAUGGCUCCCAGCGUGCCAGCGGCGGAACCCGAGUAUCCUAAAGGCAUCCGGGCCGUGCUGCUGGGACCUCCCGGGGCCGGUAAAGGCACCCAGGCACCCAAAUUGGCUGAAAACUUCUGUGUCUGCCAUUUGGCUACUGGGGACAUGCUGAGGGCCAUGGUGGCUUCUGGCUCAGAGCUGGGAAAAAAGCUGAAGGCAACUAUGGAUGCUGGGAAACUGGUGAGUGAUGAAAUGGUAGUGGAGCUCAUUGAGAAGAAUUUGGAGACCCCCUCAUGCAAAAAUGGUUUUCUUCUGGAUGGCUUCCCUCGGACUCUGGGUUUUCUGCCGGGUGCUGGGUUCUUGCAUCCAGCAUCCCUGCCUGCUUGUCAUUCUGGAGGUCCCUGGAGUGUGGAGUGCAGGCGUGUACUGUCAGUUAACCUGACUCAUAUUCAUUUGCUGCCUUUCAGGCUGAUUCACCCCAAGAGUGGCCGUUCUUACCAUGAGGAGUUCAACCCCCCAAAGGAGCCCAUGAAAGAUGACAUCACCGGGGAACCCUUGAUUCGUCGAUCAGAUGAUAAUGAGAAGGCCUUGAAAAUCCGCCUGCAAGCCUACCACACUCAAACCACCCCACUCAUAGAGUACUAUAGGAAACGGGGGAUCCACUCUGCCAUCGAUGCAUCCCAGACUCCUGAUGUUGUGUUCGCGUGCAUCCUAGCAGCCUUCUCCAAAGCCUCAUGUAAAGACUUGGUUAUGUUUAUCUAAUGUUGGGUCCAAGAAGGAAUUUCUUCUUCCUAUUCCUGUGAGGGAGUGGUGGGAAUGGCAGGACAGGCAAAGAGAAGCUUCCUCAGGCUAGCUAAAAUAUCAUUUGAUGUAUUGAUUAAAAAAGCACUUGCUUGAUA